AUGUUCGAACUAUACCUCCUCACUUUCAAUGCUGCGCGAAACCUUGUCGACCCGCAGUCCCUCGCGCCUUCCUUUUUCGAUGCCCUCCCCAAAGAUACACCUCUACCUGAUAUUGUCGCUAUAUCGCUGCAGGAAAUUGCACCCAUCGCCUACUCCUUCCUCGGAGGAUCUUAUCUGAAGCCAUAUUUUGAUCGCGUAACGACGACUGUCCAGCUUGCCGCAGACCUCCGCAGCAAUGGCAGCGACUCGCUCGAGCAUAUUGCGACACGCAGCCUGGGCAUGACUGCUCUUAUGCUCUUCGCAAAACCCCAUGUCACACAGAGGAUACAAUGGAUACAAUCGGCAGGCGCUGGUGUCGGCUUCUCCAACAUGGGAAACAAGGGCGCAGUAGCCAUGCGCGUUGGUCUAUCGUGCCCGAAUUCGGAAGACACGCUAGAUCUCACUUUCGCCGCUGCUCAUCUCGCGCCUAUGGAGAGCAAUGUGGAUGCAAGGAAUAAGGACUGGGAGAACCUAGUACGGAACCUGGUCUUCGUCAACAGCGACGACUCCCCAUACAGCUCAAGCGAAGAGAGGCCACUGCUUGGUUCCUCAUCCGAGACUCCAGCCGACCACAACGGCCUCUUCACCCCCGGCAACCACGUCUUCUUCUACGGCGAUUUGAACUAUCGUACACAUGAUUCCCCGCCAGAAGAAGGAGCGCAUCAAUCCUAUCCCCAGCCAAACGCGUCAGAAUCUUCACCAACACACUUUUCACAAUUGCUGAAGAAGGACCAGUUGACGAGAGAGAAGGACGCUAAACGUACGCUGCAUGGAUUCCAGGAGCUGCCUAUCAACUUCCCCCCUACAUACAAGUACGCUACUUCACAUGGCAAGAACUCCAAUGCGCCCAAGCGGGGAGAGGAUGAUUCGUGGGAGUGGUCGAAACACCGAUACCCCUCGUGGUGUGAUCGAAUCCUCUACCUUCCAUCUGGGUCUCCAUCAGACCUGGAACCACAGAUUUACACCGCCUUACCAGUACAACCGACAUCGGACCAUCGGCCGGUGGCUCUCUCGGUUCGUGUCGACGACAAGCCCAUCAAGUUGGACGUGAACGAUGUUCUGUCCCGGCCACCCUUCGAGGUUAGCCCAGAGUGGAAAGCCAGAAGAGACGCCGCUCGACGAUGGGAGCUUAUUGUAGGCGUCAUGUCCUAUCUCGCCCUAACCGGAAAGGGCCAAAUUAUUCUUGUCACUUUCCUAGGUGUGGCUAUGGGCAGUUUGUUCCUUGCUGGGUCACUAACCAGGUAA